AUGACCACGGGCAUCUCGCUACCGGAUACCGUCAUUCAUACGCUCAACAAACUGGGCGUCAAAGUGGUGACGAAGCCGCACGAGUGCACUCAUCUCGUUGUGGCGCGGAUUGUCCGGACGUCGAAGUACUUGUGCGCGCUCCCGCACGUGUCACAUCUCGUCUCAGAGGAGUGGGCGCGACAGUCCGCUGCCCAGAAGAAACUUCUGCCCGAGUCUGACUUUCCCGUCGUCGACAAGGAGGGGGAGAGGAAGCAGCGCAUCAAGCUCGCUGAAGUCGUCGACCGCGCGCGCAAGCUGAAGGGCAAACUGUUCGCUGGUCAUACCUUCUUCAUCACGCACAAGACUACCAUGGACCGCGACUUGCUGCGAUCUAUCAUCACGGCAAAUGGUGGACAGCUCAGCUCAACUAACGCGCCAACCGUGCGCACCUUCAAGAACGAUCCGAAGACGAAGCACCUCAUCUCAUCCAAGGAGGACGCCCCUGUAUGGCGUCCUAUCGCCUCAGAGGGCUUCAGGGUCUACACGGGAGAGGUAGUGCUCGACUCGGCGCUGCGACAGGAGAUAGAUUGGGAUAACGAGAGCUACGUGCUGCCGGAGGCGAAGUCCUGA